ACCUCACGGGACGCCUCCCUCCCUCUGCCCUCCCCCCGUGUAUAAAUAGCACCCCUCCCUCGCCUCUUCCGCAUCCAGUAUUCCAGUCCUCAAUCCGUCGAGAAAUUCUCGCGAGCGAUCGAAAUCUAAGCGAAGCGAAGAGGCCUCCCCAGAUCCUCUCAAGAUGCAGAUCUUUGUGAAGACCCUCACCGGCAAGACCAUCACCUUGGAGGUGGAGUCAUCUGACACCAUUGACAAUGUGAAGGCCAAGAUCCAGGACAAGGAGGGCAUCCCCCCGGACCAGCAGCGUCUGAUCUUCGCUGGCAAGCAGCUGGAGGAUGGCCGCACCCUGGCGGACUACAACAUCCAGAAAGAGUCCACCCUCCACCUGGUGCUCCGCCUGCGUGGUGGUAUGCAGAUCUUUGUGAAGACCCUCACCGGCAAAACUAUCACCUUGGAGGUGGAGUCUUCUGACACCAUCGACAAUGUGAAGGCGAAAAUCCAGGACAAGGAGGGCAUCCCCCCAGACCAGCAGCGUCUGAUCUUCGCUGGCAAGCAGCUGGAGGAUGGCCGCACCCUGGCGGACUACAACAUCCAGAAGGAGUCCACCCUCCACUUGGUGCUCCGUCUGCGUGGUGGUAUGCAGAUCUUUGUGAAGACCCUCACCGGCAAGACCAUCACCUUGGAGGUGGAGUCAUCUGACACCAUUGACAAUGUUAAGGCCAAGAUCCAGGACAAGGAGGGCAUCCCCCCGGACCAGCAGCGUCUGAUCUUCGCUGGCAAGCAGCUGGAGGAUGGCCGCACCCUGGCGGACUACAACAUCCAGAAGGAGUCCACCCUCCACCUGGUGCUCCGCCUGCGUGGUGGUAUGCAGAUCUUUGUGAAGACCCUCACCGGCAAGACCAUCACCUUGGAGGUGGAGUCUUCUGACACCAUCGACAACGUGAAGGCGAAGAUCCAGGACAAGGAGGGCAUCCCGCCGGACCAGCAGCGUCUGAUCUUCGCCGGCAAGCAGCUGGAGGAUGGCCGCACCCUGGCAGACUACAACAUCCAGAAGGAGUCCACCCUCCACCUGGUGCUCCGUCUCCGUGGUGGACAGUAAGUCCAUGGAGCUGCUGUUGUCCCUGGGUUCACAAGUCUGGUGCCUUGCCUUGUCUCUCCAAUGGUGAUUGCCUGCGUGUCCUUGUCAUGCCUGUCUGAUGUGAGUUUUAUGUCAUCUGGUUGUGUUUUGUGAACACUUAACUGCUGCUGUGCAGCAGUUUGGUUGAACUAUGUAAUGAAUAAGUGAGCCCUGAAGUUACUAUGGUAAUCUUGCAAAUCUGGAGUUAUUAUAUGGUUUAUUCAUGAUUGUGAAGUGGGAGCAUUAAUCU